AUGACCGUGCUUGACGCUCGCUUGCCCCUCGUCUUUACAGCGGUGGCAAUUUUCUAUCUCUGCAUUUUGUACUUGCCCAGCGGCUACUAUCGAAGCUACGCUGAUCCGGAGCCAACUGCUCAUCAGUUCGACUACAAGAACAGCAGCUUCGAUUGGGCAAGUGUGUCUCUACGACAUCCCAUCGCGCAGUUCACCAGCCUUCCCACGGAAUCAUCCUCCACUCUGCCACUGGUUCAAUACGAUUUUGCCUCGUCCACAAAGAAGCCAAGUCGGGCGCGCAUCAAGCUCAUUGCAGAGCGCCGCUCGCAAGUGAAGGCUGCCUUCACCAAGUCUUGGCAAAGCUACAAACGACAUGCAUGGCUUUUCGACGAGCUCACACCGGUGUCCGGGCACGGCAAAAACAGCUUCGGCGGCUGGGCCGCCACACUCGUCGACUCUCUUGAUACGCUCUGGAUCAUGGGCCUGAAAAACGAGUUCUACGAGGCCGUCGCCGCCGUGGCUCAGCUCGACUGGGCGGACACAAAAGACACGGCAUGCAACUUCUUCGAGACCACCAUCCGCCAUCUCGGCGGUCUUCUCGCUGCUUACGAUCUGAGCCACGAGGAGGUGUUGCUCAGGAAAGCAGUCGAGCUCGGCGACAUGCUCUAUGUGGCAUUUGACACCCCGAGCCACAUGCCCCCUUUCUGGUUUGAUUUUCAGAAAGCCAAAGACGGCAUGCUGGUCGCUGGCAACCAUGAUCCGUCUGCAUCUGUCACAUCAUCUUCUCUCGAGUUCACGCGCCUCUCCCAGCUCACAGGAGACCACAAGUACUACGAUGCUGUCACGAGGGUGACUCGCUUCUUGGAGGACUCGCAGAACUUCACAAGGCUGCCAGGCAUGUGGCCAACCUUCUUCGACAUGCAGAAUGUCGACAAAGAACGCAUCGAGAGCGGCCAAACCAGUCUUUCAUGGGAAAACGGGUUUACGUUGGGUGCUUUGUCUGAUUCGUUGUAUGAGUACCUGCCGAAGAUGCAUUCAUUGCUCGGAGGCAAGGAUCCCGUAUACGAGAAGUUGUACAGGGGAGCAACGGAAGUCAUCACGGAGCACAUCUUGUUUCGCCCCAUGGUCCGUCCAUCUGGUCAAAGUUCUGCAACAAACAUCCUGUUCGCAGGCACCGUCUGGGUCGAGGACAAUGGCCUACGCUUAGACCCCGAAGGACAACACUUGGCUUGCUUUGUGGGAGGCAUGUAUGGCAUUGGGGGCAAGCUUUUCCAAGAGGCCCAACACGUCGAGCUCGGCAUGAAACUGGCACGGGGCUGUGCAUGGGGCUACAGCGCUUUCCCAACUGGUCUUUUGCCGGAGAUCUUUGGACUCCAGCCAUGUUCGACCGCAGGCCCAUGCGACUUCGAGCCACACAACGGGGCUGAUCACGAUUCGCAACAGCCACUCCACAGCCGGAUGGGGUUCACGCAUGCUCGGGACGCUCGUUAUAUUCUGCGGCCCGAAGCCAUCGAGAGCAUUUUUUACAUGUACAGAAUCACAGGCGAGGAUGACCUACUGGACAUUGCCUGGGAUAUGUUUCAAGCGAUCAGGCAGUCCACAGAGACAGAACUUGCAUUCUCAGCAAUCUCUGAUGUCACAGAGACUGGGGAGACAGCCAAGCUAGACUCUAUGGAGAGCUUCUGGCUCUCAGAGACGCUCAAGUACUUUUACUUGAUCUUUUCCGAGCCGGAACUGAUCAGUUUAGAUGAGUUCGUACUCAACACUGAGGCACAUCCCCUGAGAAGACCAAGAUCUAGAUAGCGAUUGUGUAUUAAUUCAAGGCAUCAGAUCUAUUGUGGGACGUCAUUGGGAGCGAUGGCAAUGCCAGACGAGACCGCGCAGUUUUGCAGUAUCAGUUACGGAAGAAGAUCGAAAUGCCUCUGCAUGCACCAUAGACAUUACAAUGGCUUGGGUCAUUCGAUGACUCUAGUGGCCCUUUUGCG